AUGUCGGACUUGAACGAGAUGGUCAGUGCUCUUCAGACUGGAAUGGUAGCUGCUUUGGACACUUUCGCUCCCUUGCGAGCUCGUUCCUCGCGCGCCACGGGGGCCCCGUGGUUCACGUCGGCACUCCGGGACAGAUGCAGAUUUCGGGAUGGACUUUAUAAGGCAUACAAGAGAAGUCGGUGUCCAGCUUUGUUGCAGCGGUAUAGAUCACUGCGUCGCGACAUUAAGUAUGACAUAAAACGUGCACGUGAGUCUUAUUUGAUUGAUGGCCUGAGGCGUUGUGAAACGGACUCCCAGAAAUGGUCUUAUUUGCGUCGUAUUGGCCUGUCUGGCCCUCAGCCUCCCUCACCACUCGGCUUCUUCACGGCUGCUGAGCUGCUGGAUCACUACUGCACUGUGACAACUGCUCAUCCGUGUUGCUCACCUGAACAGUUUGUUCGCAUCACUGAUCUGAUUGUUGACGAUGCCAUACCAAGCUUUGAGUUCCGGCCUGUUCAGGAGACGGAGGUCCUACUCUCACUAACUCAGGUGGCUGGUCGGGCGAGUGCGUUCUCUGGGGAUGGAUUGUCCCUGUCUUAUUUCAGUGACACUCUCUCGUUGCUUGCACCGACUCUUACUACUAUCUUCAACCUAUCCAUCUCAACCUGUCAGUAUCCUUCGCUUUGGAAAAAAUCAAUCAUCAGGCCGUUAAGCAAGGUGCGUGUGCCCCAAUCACCGUCCCAGACUCGUCCGAUCGCCAACUUGGUGCAUCUUGCGAAGGUUUUUGACAGAUUGCUGACGGCACAGCUUACCGAGCAUCUCGAGACCUUCAGUAUGCUUUCACUAAGACAAUCAGGUUUUCGGAAGAAUUUCAGCACACAAACUGCAUUGAUAAAGGUCACGGAGGAUAUUAGGCGGGGUGUAGGAGACGGACUCAUCACCAUACUCAUACUCUUCGACUUCCGGAGCGCUUUCGAUACUUUGGAUCACGCGACCUUGCUACGAUCCUUAAAACUGCAGAACUUUUCGUCCGCAGCGCUCGCCUUGCUUCACUCUUAUCUCUCGAACCGUUCACAAGCUGUAAUGGAUGACGUGGGUGGCUUGACGGCCUUCAGAAAAUAUACAUCAGGUGUGCCGCAAGGCUCCACACCCGCACCUAUACUGUUCGCAGCGUAA